GAGGCUACUGUUUGACGAAUGUUCACUACAGGAAAGAGUGCAACCCACAGAAACUCCUCAAACAACAGAAGUUUGGAGUCUUCCAAGCACAGAAACUAACUCGGGUCGGAUCCUCAUCCGACCUCGAAAAACGUUGUUUUUCCUGUUGAAUAAGGAGCUCGGCAUCAGACCGAGCCGUUCGAGACGUUGGUUAACGCCGGUGUCUUUGUCCUGUGGUGGAUUGUCAGGUUCAGCAGACACGCCGAGAUGACAGCCGGCAGCUGUAACAUCUUCAUCGUCUUCACGGUUUAUCUGAGCUCCAUCUUCCUCCAAAGCCAUGGUUUCGAGGUGAUUCAGCCUCAGAAUCGGACCGUGAACCCAGACCGGUCCGCCUCGAUCCGCUGUGAACACGACGCCAACGCCGACUCCGUCGCAGACGUUCGACUCAACGCCAUAUCACCAACAGAUAAACCUAGAAUGCUCUGCCAGAAGGGGAAGAAAAACUGCGAGAACACGGCCAUGUACCAGGAGAGUCCCCAACAAUGGCUGUUCGUCCUGCUCAACAUCGGGCCAGAGGCCAUGACUGUGAAGUACGAGUGUGAGGUCACGGUGAACGAAGGUGACUUAGACAUCCAAAGGAAAGGAACGCCAACCCAACUCCUGCCCGGUCAACAGGAAGCAGCCUGCCUCCUGCAGCCGUCACCUUCUCCUUGUCCCCAGGCUCCUCAUUCUCCUCAGCUCUUCUGGAUUCUGAUUGGCCUGCUGGCUCUGAUGUUCCUGUGCAGCUGUGUCAUCAGCUCCUUCUACAUCAGACUGAGGUGCAGCAACGGAGAACCCGAGAACUCCACCUAUGUAGAAAUGUGCAGCAACGGAGAACCCGAGAACUCCACCUAUGUAGAAAUGAGGAAAGCUCCUCGAUUAAGGAAUCCACCUUUGUGACUCAUCUUUCUUCACCUCUGGCCUCAUGAUCAACAUAACGAGAGAGAAAACUGCUUUUUUUUAAUGCAGCUGGCAUCGUAGUCUCAAGCUCUGGCAUAUAUAUAUAUAUAUAUAUAUAUAUAUAUAUGGUCCUGACCUGGAAUACCCUUGAAUAAAACAGCGAGGGAAAGGAAGGAGGAUGAUAAAUACAUACACACAUUGAUAUGAUCUCCUUGAACCUUCCUCUCUGCUGCCUGUAGCCAAGGUAGUAAUUGUAUUCUUCAUUACAUGUAUUAUCUAUUUUGUCUGUUUUAUCCCAAUAUCUUUAAUGUAUCUUAUAUAUUACCUUGUAUUAUUUUUCAAAAUCUUUUACAUUUCAUUAAUAAAAUUAAACUGGAAAACCUGA